AAAUGCACUUGAUGUCAUUUCCGUUGCGCGAAGCUGAAACUUUGGCGCCCCAGACUUUUAAACAUCCUGAAAACACUGGAGAGACAUCGGGAACAUCAAGAAGACAAACAUUGAACCAGUCCGGUAGUUUUCACGGCAAAGUAACGUUAGUUAAUAACCUCCUGGUUGUGAAGAUGCAAAGUCGUUCAAAGCAAAAUAAGCUCUCUUUGGAUGGCUGGUGUCGGUGAGGUUAGCCUUCCGUUGACAACGCCGUUGGUCUGUUAGCUAAAAAGAUAUCCAGCUCAUUUACCUCUAGUAGACAAGCUGGCUGUCGGGAAGAAACGCACAUAAAUACAUACACCUGCCUGUGGUUUAAUCAGAGUCGCCAUGAUCCGAAGCAAACUGAAGAAAACCAAGGCACCCGGGGGCCAGAAGAACAUCUCAUCCUUCUUUUCCUCUCAAAAUCACCACAAGGACUUGUCAUCUUCCACAAAAUUGCCUGUCACUGGCACUGCACUAGCCAGGACUGAACCUAAGAUCAUAGAUGGUGAAACCUCGACAUUCGGACCCUAUUCCCCCUUAAAGAGGAGUAUCCUUGGGGACCUUGAAAACCUCCUGCCCUCCUCACCAGAUCUUCUCCUCUCUGUGCCUGAGACCCCCAUCAGUCAGAUCAGGCUUGCUUCAUCUUCUUCCUCCAGAAAUGCAGAUCGACGGAGCCCCCAGCCCAGCAGAGAGGUGGUGAGCCUGGAGAAGCUUUGCCAAUUGUCUCCCAUCUGUCGUAGUCCCCGCUCCAAAGGGCAGAGUGCACGGAGGCUUAUGACUGAGGAGGGAGGGAAAACCAAGAGGGAAGAAGGAUGUUCUGGCUCCGUAAAAAGACUCAUCAGCCCUCCUCAAGAGUCUCACAAGGCCAAGAGACCAAGAAAUGCCAAUCCACCGGCCCAAAGAACUGCGCUCAGCCCUACAGGUAGCAAUCUGAAAGUAACAAGGCCUUUGAUUGGCCCUUUAAAGACACCUCAUUUCUCCAGUGACCAGUCUGAGAAGUCAGAGGGUCACACCAGAGGUACUGAAGUAGUCUUUAAUGAAAACAACUCUUUUGGGGAACAGAGAAGACAUAAGAGAGAUGAAGAGGAGGAAGAUUCUGGUUUUACUGUGAUAACAGAGCAGAAAGCAACAGGGGACAAAGCCAAUGGAAACCCACACACUUGUCUGGAUAAGGAUACCCACACUCUUACUGCUCACAUGCACAAACCUAGUGUUCAAGCUAUCACACCUACAACACAGAGAAGUGCAAAGGAGGGAGAGAUUGACCUUAUCAAGUUAGGAGCUACAAGCACAACAGUGACAUCGAAUGGAGAUGGAGACAAUUUGACAUCAUCGGAUCAGGGGCGAGCUGGAGAAAAUACAGGAAUGGCAUCAGUGGAUGACACGUUGGACGAGAGCUGGUUUGCGGAGCAGAUGGAUCAUAAUGAGGGUCUUGUCACAGAGGACAAAUCCAAAAAACCCCGUAAGGUGCCAGACCAUGUGAUCCUUUCUGGAGGCCUAAACAACCGCUACUGGGUUUUAGAUGUGGGGGAGAGGCCUGGCCAUAAAACACUCACCAUCUCGUGCUCCAAAUCUCUACAUCCAACUGAGACGUGUCUGCUGAAAGAUGGAUGGGAGAUGACGCCUGUUUGUCAUGGUGAUGUGGUGCAUCUAGAGGGCCGCUCUGAUGCUGGAUCCUGGGUAGUGGACAGGGAGCAGGGCUUCCUGGUUUUACUACCUGAUAGCCUUAUCUCAGGUACCAGCAUCUCUAGCUCCAUUCGUUGCAUGAGGCGUGCAGUACUCGGAGACAUGUUCAAGAGUUUUGACGGUGGCUCCAAGCAAAUGCUAAACGGCACCAUGGUCCAUGAGGUCUUCCAGAGAGCAGCUACAGCCAAAGAUUUUUCUCUGGAAACACUGUCUAAGUUGGCUAACCAAGCCCUGUGCAGUCCUCAGUACCUGGGAGACAUGUACAGUUUGGGUGUAAGCCAGGAAGAGAUGAAGCAGGAACUGCAUGACUAUCUGCCCUCACUGGAACAUUGGGCAAAGGAAUACCUCAGCUCCCCAACACCAAAAGCCAUCAGCCUCAAAAUCAACAGCAAAGCUCGGACCAGAUGUCAGGACUUGGCAACUGUUGUCACGGUAGCAGAGCUGGCAGAUAUAGAAGAGAAUGUGUGGUCACCGAGAUUUGGUCUAAAGGGGAAAAUCGAUGUGACGGCGCGGGUUCGAAUCCAAAGACCACGAAGCGGUAGUCACAAUACCCCGGAAGAGAGGACUGUCCCCCUGGAGCUGAAAACUGGGAAGGAGUCAAACUCGAUAGAGCAUCGCAGUCAGGUGAUUCUUUACACUCUGAUGAGCUUGGAGAGAUACAAUUCUGAAGCUGGCUUCCUGCUUUACCUCAAGACUGGCAACCUGCAUCCUGUAGUGGCCAGCCACAUGGACAGCAGAGAGCUGCUGAAGCUGAGGAACACCUUGGUUCAUCACAUUCACAACUGUGUGGAGAAAGAGGCGAAGCGGAGCCGUUUGUCUAGACUUCCUGAAAUCGUGACAGACAGACAAACCUGCCAGUAUUGUCCUCAGAAGAGAAACUGUGCUUUAUAUGAGAGGGUGGUCGAUGGUAGCGCUGCAGACGUCCGCGAGGAUGUUGUGCGUGACUUCCUAGAGCAGGAGACAGGUCACCUGAUCCCACCACAUCUAAGCUAUUUUUCCCAUUGGCUGCUGCUCUGCUGCCUAGAGGCUGCCAGCAUGGAGGCCAAGAAUGGCCGAAAGCGUGUGUGGCUUCAGACUGCUGAGGAGAGUGAGAAGAAUGGGAGCUGCGUGGGGAAUGUGCAGCUCAGUGGCCCAGUGACCGUGCAGUCUGAAGGGGUUUUUCUCCAUCGUUUCCAGCGAAGCAGUGUGGUGCCACAGAAGGGUUUGGCCAGCAGUGGUUUGGCCAGCGGGGAUCGCAUUGUUGUUAGUGACCAGGAAGGUCGCCUGGUUGGUUUGGCAACAGGGUACCUGUCUGAGGUCAGCAUGACAUCGAUCAGCUGCACUCUGGACAGAGACCUGUCUAAGUUCAGUGGUGUAUUGUUUCGAUUGGACGGUGAUGAAGGUGUGAUUGGCCUCAGCACUCACCUCACCAAUCUCUCCAGGCUGAUGGAAAACUGCCAGGACAGUGAUCGCCUGAGGGAGCUGGUUGUUGAUCUUCGUCCUCCAGAGUUUAUUUCCAACCUCAGUUCUGUUCUGCCAAGAGAGGCCAAGGACACGGUGGCCAACAUCCUCAAAGGUCUCAACAAACCACAGAAGCAGGCCAUGAAGAAGGUGUUGUUAUCUAAAGACUACACACUGAUUGUUGGGAUGCCAGGCACAGGCAAAACCACAACCAUCUGCACCCUGGUUCGCAUCCUUCACGCAUGUGGGUUCAGUGUGUUGCUGACCAGCUACACCCACUCUGCUGUUGACAACAUCCUGCUGAAGCUAAAGCGCUUCAGGGUUGGGUUUCUGCGUCUUGGGCAGGGGCAGAAGGUUCAUCCAGACAUCCUGCCUUACACAGAGGAAAGUGCGAGGAAGAAGGGAGUUCAUAGUCUGUCAGAGUUGGAGCAGCUUUAUAACAAGGAGCUGGUAGUGGCAACCACCUGUAUGGGCAUCAAGCAUCCCAUUUUCACACGUCGCCGGUUUGAUUUCUGCAUCGUAGAUGAAGCUUCACAGAUCAGCCAGCCUAUCUGUCUGGGACCCCUGUUCUAUGCCAAGAGGUUUGUCCUGGUUGGAGAUCACCAACAGCUGCCACCAAUAGUACAAAAUCAGGAGGCAAGGUCACUUGGGAUGGACGAAAGUCUAUUUAAGCGACUAGAGCUCCAUAGUGGAGCAGUGGUCCAACUCAAUGUACAGUACCGGAUGAAUAGGCAGAUAAUGUCUCUCAGUAACUCCCUGAUGUAUGAGGGCCGGCUGGAGUGUGGAUCAGAGAGGACAGCCACAGCCCUGCUCACUCUGCCCUUUGUGCUCUCUGUCCAGUCGGAGCUUAGUUCCUACUCUAAGACUCAUCCACAGCACGACCUGGCUUGGAUACAGCCCACGUUGUUGCCCAGCAACCCUGUUUGCUUCCUAGAUUGCUCCACGGUGCCAGCACUAGAGUCUGUGGAGCAGGGGGGCGUAAGCAAUCCCACCGAGGCUGCUCUCAUACACAAGAUCCUUUCACUGCUGAUAAAGGCAGGGUGUAAGCCCAGUGAUAUAGGUGUUAUCGCCCCCUACAGACAGCAGUUAAAGAGUAUCUCUGCUCUGCUGCAGUCCUCUGCUUUCACCGGUGUGGAGGUGAAUACAGUGGACAGAUACCAAGGACGGGACAAAAGUCUGAUCAUUUUUUCUUUUGUGAGGAGCACUACAGACGAAGGAAACUUGGGAGAGCUGUUGAAGGACUGGCGUCGCCUGAACGUAGCCAUUACCAGGGCUAAACACAAGCUGCUGAUGGUGGGCUCUACCAAAACGCUACGACGCUACGCUCCUGUGGAGAAACUACUCAACCAUCUCCAGGAAGAGAACAUGAUUAUCCAGCUCCCGCCAGCUGCCCACGAGGCCUUACCAAGCAUGUCCCUUUGAAAGAAGUCUUUGAAGCCAUGGUGGUGUUUCCAGUGUCAGAGUGGAGCAGCCAGUGGCUCUGGAUCACCUCAAUAGGGCACAGAUUGAAUGCCAAUCUGCAAACACACUGAAUGAUCUGGAGGCUGUGAUCAGUUGACAACAAUUUAAAACCUAGCCGUUGCUGUCCUGUCCAUCUUUGGAAAAGAAAAUCAACUAAAAGUAUCCCAGGGGUUAAAGUACGACUUGGAACAGCGUUCCAGUAAACUAAUUUAAUUGGCAGUGUUUCCCGUUGUAACUGGAAAUACAGAUUACAAUAAUCAACACACUAGGAAUGACACCUGAGGAACGUGUAGCAUUUUGAGCGGACACUGUCUCUGAUCUGCACCACACUAGUUAAACAAGUUUUAUAUUAGAAUGACUUUAAAUUAGUCUUUAUUAUACAAAGCUCUUGGAAACAGACGUUGCGUUGUUGUAAAAAAAUUAAAUAUUAAAUGAACCAUUCAGCAUCUUUUCGUAUUGCCACAUCUUUUGCGUUUUUGGGCUUUUCAUACUGAAACAAGUGGAGUAGAGCGGCCUCAAAAACGUAAUCACCAGACUGAACCUCAACAAGCUUAGCUGCUGGAUUAUGGUACCAUGUGUCAAACCUCAACUAGGACUCUACUGAUACACUGACAAUAUUUUAGACUUGACUGUUGGUACUUUCUCUAAGCAUUUACACACACACAACACACAAAGUCAUUCCUAUGUGAAUAUGGAGACCAUACCGAGUUAUUUAAAGUUUGUUUUUGUCUCAGCUGCAACAGUCAGAUAAGCUCAGAAAUGUCUGUCAACUGAACUGCAGUUGAACUGUAGGAUGAAAAAUCUUGAACUAUAAACAGAAAAGUGAUGCUACAACACAGUUAAAACAACAGAAUUAUUUGUAGUCCUAAAUUACUAAAUCAAUAUUUUUCCAUAUCAAACCUCAAGUACAUGUUGUAUAAAGGAUGAGGUGAUGGCUGUAGUGUGUACUGUAAUCUCUUAUUUUGUGGAUCAACUAUACAUCACUGAACUUCAUACGUACUUGAUGAGUAAUAUGGCAUCGACAGUACUUGGUUUUAAUCUGUGAAUGGACUACACCGGCCUACAACAGUAAAGAAAUGGAAACAACAUACUGGUAUAUACAUAAAGUUAUAGUGUCUGUAACACAAAAAGCUCAAACAAAACCAAGUAUUUGAGUCAAUUCCUUUGCAUACAACAGAAUACAAGCAAACCUAAAGCUGUACGGAGACAGAAUGAUUACAAAGGAAACUACUUGGUAUCAUGAGAACCAGUUAAAACUCUAGGAAUUUGUAGGAAACCACAAUUAUUGAACUGUGAUAAUUUAACUAAUGAUUUAGUUUUUCAUUACUGUGAUUAGAGCAGGUUGUAUAACGUCACAAAGCUAACGGUGAUUCCACCUUUGAUCUGUUUGACCUCCAACACAACCUCUAAUUAUUCAUGUAUUGUCUCUGUAUUUAGUUUUUAAUUUUUUAUGUGAUUUUUGCGUCAGUUUUGUGAAUAAAUAAUACAAAUGCUA